ACACCUGACGCAAACUCUUAGUGCUGACGCAGACAAACGCAUGAAACAGGACAUUGGGUCAGAAAAAGAAGAAAAAAAACAUAUUGUAUCACUCAUAAAAGGACGCUCUGUUUGUGAAUCUGUUGUCAUCACAGCUACUACGUCCAAGUGCAGGAGUCAUGUCGAUCACCUAUGUCUUUCCUGACUAUUACUUUUACCAACUGAAUGACACUGUCCACAAGAAUCAAACGCUCUACAUUGAUCCUGCCACGUUAACAUGUGAGACGAAACCGCUGGAACCCACCGCAGCUGUGACCCUGUGUGUCAUCCUCGCUGUCAUCUUUUUACUGGCAAUACCAGGAAACCUGUUAGUGGGGUGGGUGAUCGUCACUAGCAGGAACGCCCUGACGCCAUCGGACGUGUACCUGUUUCACCUGACAUUAGCAGAUGGUCUGAUGGCCCUCGCCCUCCCAUUCUGGGCCGUAGCAUUGGUCCGAGGAUGGAUCUUUGGGGACUUCAUGUGCAAACUCCUCAGCCUCAUCGUUGAAGCAAACUUCUACACCAGCAUCAUCUUCUUGGCCUGUAUCAGCGUGGACCGUUAUCUUGUGAUCGUGCGCGCCAGCGAGACUCUCAAGAAUCGCCAGAGGAUGUGCAGCCGGCUCCUCUGUGCGGCAGUCUGGGCCCUCGGCUUGGCCCUCGGCCUGCCUGCCCUUUUCAACGAAGCCUCCAGGCUCAGCAAAGACUCGCACAGGGUGAUUUGCUCUGAAUCCUAUGACAUUGGAAGUGCCAGCUCAUGGAGGUUUGUCAUCAACGGGUUCCGCCAUAUUUUUGGCUUUUUGCUCCCUCUGGGUGUCAUGGUAGUCUGCUACAGCAUCACCAUGGCGAGGCUCAUGCGCACCCGUGGGUUCCAGAAGCACCGGGCCAUGAAGGUGAUCGUAGCCGUGGUGAUUGCAUUUCUGCUGUGCUGGAUGCCGUACCACAUAGUCAUGAUGGUAGACACGCUGCUGAGGGCCGAUGUGGUCCAGUUUGACUGUGCUGUGAGGAUGUCAGUGAACCUGGCCUUGGUUGCAACCAACAUUCUGGCUCUGCUCCACAGCUGCAUCAACCCAGUCCUCUAUGCAUUCGUGGGGGAGAAGUUCAGGAAAAACAUGAUGCUGCUUUUUCAUAGGAAAGUCAGAAAAGAGCUGGCGUCAUCAUUCAAGUUUAGCAGGUCAACCUCUCAGACCUCAGAGGGAAACAGAGCUGUUUUCUGAAACCUCCUGACCUUUUUAUGUACAUACCUCCCUAUUCAUUAAGGCUUCUUAUUCGAGAAGGAAUGAUGCUCUCCCAAAUCUUUCUCCCUUUCAGCCUGUGUAAAUAGAUUAUACACUGAUUUUAAAGACACAGCUAGUGUCACAAAAUUGACAAAGCAAUAAACCAAAAAAGUUUCCACUAUUGAAAAAUUGGAUGUCAAACUUGGAUUUGACAUACAGCAUAUCGUGGAUCUGUUGUGAUGGGCUUAUAUGUAUUUUCAAACAAUGUACAUAUGGUUGUAGACCAUCUUUUGUUGUGUCUCUCUUUGUUAAUGUGUAUAUAUAUAUAUCUAUGAUGUAUGUCAUAUAUAAGCUUUUAAGUGUGUAUAUAUAUUGUUGUGUUUUUCAGUAUAAGUAAAAAGAUCUUCCCUGAUAUUUAUUCCUGUCGACUUGUAGUUGAUUCAUAAUCGCAGGGUCUUCCUGAUCAAUAAAAUGAUUAAUCACU